AUGGCAGCGCGUUUUAAAAAUCGUUCUUUGACGGGAAAAUUUGAGAAAAUACAAAAAAGAAAUCGAGGUAAUAUUAUAAAAUUACAAGAGGGGCUUCAAUCUUGGAAAAAUGAAAAUAUUUCAAGCGAGGUUGAGGAAAACAAAGACGAAAACGAAGAGUUUGAACCAGCGACGGACAUCGUGAUAAAUACAAGGGAAAGCACGGUAGGCAACGUAAACACCGAGACGUUUUUAUCAUUGUAAACAUUUAGGUCUGUUUAAAAAUUUAUAAUUCACGUACUCCAUGAUUUGGCAUUAGGCAAAACAAGAAAUAAAAGAGAAUUUACCUCAAGGAAGCCGAAUUGUUGACAUAAACCAACUGAGAAAAGGAUUGGAGAGUUGUCCAUUUUGCAAAGAAGGUAAACAAAGGCAAAUGUGAAGCAUUUAAUUUCUCCACUUCAAAUACAGAAUUAUUUAGAUUCAAAAUUUUGAUAUAAUUUGGUCACUAUAUAGUUAUAAAAUAAAGUACUGUUUUCAAAAUGUACAAGUGUCAGUUGAUUAAAUUUGUAUAAAUAUAUUAUAAGUUCUUUCUAUGUUUGCAUGAAGAUAAAACAUAUAAUAGUUUUGUUUCCACAAACAAAAAUAUAUUAUAAUUAUGAAUUGAUGUAAAGGUAUGAAAUAAACAAUAAAAACAAUGGCAAUACUCUAUUAUUUUUAAGGACCACUGUCAUUGAGCAAUGUACAACAAGAAAAGUUAUAUGGUCUAGCUAGCAAGCUAUAUAUUCAAUGUCAGUUUUGCGGUCAAACCAAUGUUGUUGAAACAUCACUCGCCCACAAGUCUGGAGCCUCUGGUCCAAUGGCAUAUGACAUCAAUACAAAGUCAGUUUUAGCCAGUCUUCAUACCGGAAUUGGUGAGACGCAUUUGAAUGGCAUCUUGUCAGUUAUGAACAUCCCAACCAUGACCCGGGCUUCAUUCAAAACCCGUGAGCGAGAAGCUGGUAAAGCCGUUGAAGCAGUUGCAGGACACACAUGUGUUGAAACUAUAGAAAUAGAGAAAGAACAUGCAAUUAAAAUUGGUGAAACACCAGACGAGAAUAAUCUUGUUCCAAUUUCAUGCUCGUAUGACAUGGGUUGGCAGAAACGUGGCAAAGGUUUCAAUUCAAACACAGGACAAGGAGCUGUAAUGGGCUUACACACUGGAAAAAUAAUGGACUACACAACAAAGACAAAAACAUGCAGAAUUUGUGAUCAUGCAAAAAAAAUGAACUCUACUCCCCGUAAACAUGACUGCCGAAAAAAUCAUAGUGGUUCAUCAAAAGCUAUGGAGCCUACAUCUGCAGUUCAGCUGUUUAAUAACAUAACGAAACACAAUGCUAAGUACUCAACUUACACUGGGGAUGAUGACUCAACAACUGAAAGUUUUAUACAUGCACAAGUACCAUAUGGAGUUGAGAAAUUUAGUGAUAUAAUUCAUAUAAAAAGAUCGUUAACUAGUAGAUUACAUAAUCUGGCCAAAAUGAAAAGAUUUCCCGAUUGCUCAUCAUUGUCAACAAAAGUAAUCGACUAUCUCGUGAAAUGCUUUUCAGUUGCUGUCAACCAAAACAAGGGUGAACCAAAAUCAAUGCAAGCAUCAUUAAAAUGCAUAGUACCCCAUGCAUUUGGAAUCCACACUGACUGCAGUGAGUCAUGGUGUCGAUGGAAACAGGAGCCAGCUAUGUACAAGCAUGCAUAUCUACCAUAUGGGAAAGACCUGCAUGGCGAGGAAUUGAAACUAGCCCUGAAUGACAUUUUCAGUCAAUAUCAUUCUGACAACAUGGUGGAAAAGCUUGCUCCAAUCGCCAACUCUCAGAGAAAUGAGUCUUUUAACAGCACAGUUGGUUCAAAGAAUCCCAAGAUUAGAUUCUAUGGUGGGAGCGAAAGCAAUGACUUUCGUGUGGCAUGCGCAGUGGCACAAACCAAUGUUGGUUAUGGGUACAUUUGUAGAACACUGAAUUCAUUGGGGAUUGAACCUGGUACUAACUGUGAGGCAUAUGUCAACGGAAUGAAGAGAAAAAGAGAUGGCGACAACAACAGAAAGAAAUCAUUGAAGUUCAAGAAGCGAAGGAAUGAAAUUCACACCAAACGAAUACACGGCAUACUAUCAAGUGAAAAGAAGGAGGGCAAGACAUACGAGACAAAUAUUGGCCUCACAUUACCUACAGCUAGUACCAGUACCACUGCAAAUGAAGAACUAUUUUGCCCUGACCUACCAGCUGACACACUAGCUUCCUAUGAAGUAUUUGUCCCACCCUAUACCCCCAGACCACAAUGUUCUCCCAUAGCAUUCGACGACAAUGCUGCAGUAUUUUAUAACAUUGUUUUAUUCGACACUGAAACAAAUACGACAGGUAAACAAGCAGAAUUAUGCCAAUUGGCAGCUAUAAAUCAGACAACUCUCGCGUCAUUUUCCGAGUAUGUUUUGCCAAAUAAAAAUAUUGAUAAAUAUGCAUCCAGAGUAAACAACCUUUCGAUAAAAACUGUAGACGGUAAGAGAGUACUAUUUAAACAAUCAAAUCCUGUAUUAGCACUAACCUGUGACGAAGUUUUAUCUCGUUUCAUCCACUACCUCGAGAAUUCCAUUCGCGAAUGCCAGAAAUUGACAGCACACAAGGUCUGUACAGUUCUUGUUGGGCACAAUGCCAAGCGAUUUGAUGUCCCAGUCAUACUUCAUAACAGCAACAGCAAUAUUAUUGCAAAAUUUCAGUCUUUGGGCAUUUUCUUUGGAGAUAGUCUCUCGUUGUUCGAGUAUUUAGUAAAAGAAUCGAUUCUGAAAGAUCGAAAUGGAGAUAGCUGUGCUUUAAACCAGUCUGCUGUUUACAAGGCUUUGUUUGAUCAAGGCUUCGAUGCCCACGACGCGCUUGAAGAUGUGAAAGCUCUACAUCGUAUUCUGUUCUCCUCGCCGUUAAACCUUUCGGAAAAAGAUCUGAUCACACAUUGUCAAGCAAUUCCAUUUGACGAAGCUUACCAGGAUAAUCUGUAUCUAGACCAACGACAUCAACUUGUACAGACACUCAACACCAAACUGCAUGGAACAAUCAGCAAAGGCAUGGUCGAGAAAAUCGCCAGCAGUGGCUUGAGCUUCGCGAAUUUACAAAGUCUGUUUGAUAAGUUUGGCAGGAAUGGACUGAUUGGAGUUCUGUCUAACCCGCCGACAAACAAUCGUGGAUCCAAAAAGCCAAGAGUGACAAAAUCGAAGCGAAUUUUGCUUGCUAUCGUGCAAUACUUCGAACAAACCGCCAGCGAGCAGUAA